CACUUUGACAAUGAAGAACAGUACAUCCAGGCUAUAGAGAAGUUCGGGGAAAACUGUGUCUGCAGAGAGGACCCUGAGGUGGGCUCAGCCUUCCUCAAUUUUGCCGUCUUUACCAAAGAGCUCACAGCCCUCUUCAAGAACCUGGUGAGACCCCACCACACACACACACACACACACACACACACACACACACACACACACACACACACACACACACACACAGUGCUAUCCACUGUCACAUACUGUGUCUCUACCUCCUUUCUUUCUCCACCUCUCAAAUACCUCCAUUGUGGCCCCUGUUUUUCUCUUAUUCAUCUUUUUAUCUGCCCUUUCCUUUUGCCUGUCGCAACCAUUCGUGUGGAGUGUACACUUUUGAAGAUAUCUAGACCUAGUCAGGACUAUGUAACAGGCAGAACUUGCCUUUUUAAGACAUUGGGCAAGAAGAGGUUGAGGGCUCAGUUGCUCAUUUCAUAGUGUGAAUUAUUAGCGUUUCCUUCACACCUUGUCGUAAACUCGAAUGAUGUGUGACUUGUGAAGUGUUUAAGCUUCUUGACAUUUCACUCUAACUCUGUCUGUCUGUCCGCCGUCUGUCUGUCUGUCCGCCCAUCUGUCUGUCUGUCUGUCCGCUCGUCUGUCUGUCUGUUGUUUGCAGUUGCAGAACAUGAACAACAUCAUCACCUUCCCCUUAGACAGUCUACUGAAAGGAGACCUGAAAGGGGUCAAAGGGGUAGGUGUAUUAUAUGUGUUAUUAAAUGUUAUCAAUUACAGUGUUUUACCAUAACCAUACCAGUCAGAACAAGAGGUAGGGAGUAGGCCUGUCCCAUACUAGUCAUUUUGAACACACAUACAGUGCAUUCAGAAAGUAUUCAGACCCCUUGACUUUUUCCACAUUUUGUUACAUUAUAACCUUAUUCUAAAAUUGAUUAAAUUGUUUGUUUACCUCAUCAAUCUACACACAAUACCCCAUAAUGACAAAGCAAAAACAGGUUUUUAGAAAUGUUUGCUAAUUUAUUACAAAUACAAAACGGAAAUAUUACAUUUACAUAAGUAUUCAUACCCUUUACUCAGUACUUUGUUGAAGCACCUUUGGCAGCGAUUACAGCCUUGAGUCUUCUUGGGCAUGACACUACAAGCUUGGCACACCUGUAUUUGGGGAGUUUCUCCUAUUCUUCUCUGCAGAUCCUCUCAAACUCUGUCAGGUUAGAUGGGGUUUUCAGGUCUCUCCAGAGAUGUUCAAUCGGGUUCAAGUCCGGGCUCUGGCUGGGCCACUCAAGGACAUUCAGAGACUUGUCCCAAAACCACUCCUGUGUUGUCUUGGCUGUGUGCUUAGGGUCGUUGUCCUGUUGGAAGGUGAACCUUCACCCCAGUCUGAGGUCCUGAGCGCUCUGGAGCAGGUUUUCAUCAAGGAUCUCUCUGUACUUUGCUCCGUUCAUCUUUCCCUCAAUCCUGACUAGUCUCCCAGUCCCUGCCGUUGAAAAACAUCCCCACAGCAUGAUGCUGCCACCACCAUGCUUCACCGUACGAAUGGUGCCAGGUUUCCUCCAGAUGUGACGCUUGGCAUUCAGGCUAAAGAGUUCAAUCUUGAUUAAUCAGACCAGAUAAUCUUAUUUCUCAUGGUCUGAGAGUCCUUUAGGUGCCUUUUGGCAAACUCCAAGCGGGCUGUCAUGUGCUUUUUACUGAGGAGUGGCUUCCGUCUGGCCACUCUACCAUAAAGGCCUGAUUGGUGGAGUGCUGCAGAGAUGGUUGUCCUUCUGGAAGUUACUCCCAUCUCCACAGAGGAACUCUAGAGCUCUGUCAGAGUGACCAUCGGGUUCUUGGUCACCUCCCUGACCAAGGCCCUUCUCCCCCAAUUGCUCAGUUUGGCCGGGCAGACAGCUCUAGGAAGAGUGUUGGUGAUUCAAAACGUCUUCCAUUUAAGAAUGAUGGAGGCCACUGUGUUCUUGGGGACCUUCAAUGCUGCAGACAUUUUUUGGUACCCUUCCCCAGAUCUGUGCCUCGACACAGUCCUGUUUCGGAGCUCUAUGGAAAAUUCCUUCAACCUCAUGGCUUGGUGUUUGGUCUGACAUGCACUGUCAACUGUGGGACCUUAUAUAGACAGGUGUGUGCCUUUCCAAAUCAUGUCCAAUCAAUUGAAUUUACCACAGGUGGACUCCAAUCAAGUUGUAAAAACAUCUCAAGGAUGAUCAAUGAAAACAGGAUGCACCUGAGCUCAAUUUCGAGUCUCAUAGCAAAGGGUCUGAAUACUUAGGUAAGUAAGGUAUUUCAGUUUUUUAUUUUUAAUACAUUUGCUAAAAUUUCUAAAAACCUGUUUUCGCUUUGUCAUUAUGGGGUAUUGUGUGUAGAUUGAUGAGGGUGAAAAACAAUUUAAUCAAUUUUAGAAUAAGCCUGUAAAGUUACAAAAUGUGGAAAAAGUCAAGGGGUCUGAAUACUUUCCAAAUGCACUGUAGCCACAGGAUAGUCCUCCUAAUUCCUAUCCCUAGCCAUUUAAGGAAUGCCUUGUAAAUUACUUACUGAGCGAAGUCCAUGUGACUGACUUUUACCCUUUAAUAUAAAUCACAGUUUAUAUACAGUUUAAUAUUCAUGACUUAAACUAAUAUCAAGUGUGUCUCUCCCUUGUAAUAAUACUGUCAUGUUCCUUUUCAACAGGAUCUGAAAAAGCCUUUUGAUAAAGCCUGGAAGGAUUACGAAACUAAACUGUGAGUUAGAGCCAUUUUAUUAUCACAAGUUACAGCGCCCUACGUUUUACCACCACCACUGCAGCAGUUUGAGUUUCAAAACAAAAGCACCACCACUUGAUAUGUGUGGGUUAAGCCUAAGUUAGUGAUUAUAGCUUACGAGCACAAGGAAAACAUGUGGUCAAGGGGGGGGGGGGAGCAUAAGCUGCCAGCACGAUGAAGUUGCAUGUGUGGGUUCAGCUUAACGACAAAUAGAAAGGCAAAACAAUGGAAGGUAGUAAAAGGUCAACUGCUGCUAUUCCUAAAACAGCUGACAGACAGACCCUUAGGAGAGAGAGAAUGAGACUAGGCCUACUAUAGCCACACCUGCUUCCUGUUUGUAUGUGAAUACAAAACACUUCACGUUUUUUGUGAACACUGACUCUGUCCGUCUGAGAUUCCUUUAGUGCUAAAUUAACUACGGUAUGGACAGACAAGGGUUUUACUUUACUGCAAUUGUACAUGUCCCUAGUCCGUACAUCAUCUUUUCAUUUUCACCAUGACAGGCAUGAAAGACAUGUUUUGAAAGCUUAUGAUGAGUUACUUAACAUAGGUAGAGAUCAUUCUAGUUCACUGUAUGAGGGCUGGGCAGGUCAUUUAAGAGUUAAUAGUUUAAUAAAGAUGAAUGCCUUUUUCAAACAAACUCCUGUGGCGGAGUCAUAGAGCCUUUGGGUUGACGUGAGUGACCAUGGUGGUUCGAUUUGAUGACUCACUGUAAGGGAAUGAGAAUGGUGUAAUAACUCUUAACAUAAACUGAUGAGAGUAAAUAUUGAUAUCAUGUGCAGCUGCAUGCUAUCAGUUAAUUAAUUAAGGAUUUUCCUUCUUCAUCCAUUCAUCCUGUGCUUCAUCAUCAUCAUCAUCAUCAUCACUGUGACCUCGGUGUUCCCUGCAGCACUAAGAUAGAGAAGGAGAAGAAGGAGCAUGCUAAGCAGCAUGGGAUGAUACGGACAGAGUUCAGUGGAGGAGAGAUCGCUGAGGAGAUGGAGAAGGAGAGACGCCUCUUCCAGCUCCAGAUGUGCGAGGUGAGAGGGUGUGUACCACUGGCCAGGUCCUAGUUCUGUUUCGCUGACAUCACAAUGAUCAUGGGUGUUGGCUAUAAUGUGAUGGACGUGACUGUGCUUGCUUAACAGUAGAGCUUCCUUCAGUGUCCCUGUCCCCUUACUGGGCUUGACAAGUGAUCCUAUAUUUUCAUUAACCUUUUUCAGUCAUUUAGCAGGCGCUCUUAUCCAGAGCAGCUUACAGUUAGUGCAUGCAUCUUAAGAUAGCUAGGUGGGACAACCACAUGUCACAGUCAUAGUAAAUACAUUUUUCCUCAAUAAAGUAGCUAUCAGCAAAGUCAGUUCUAGUAAGACCAGUGUGAGUGUUAGUUCAAGAAAGACAAGGGUGUUGUGCAACAUCUUAGUUAGUUGUGCCACCGAAAAGGGACCAAUUCAGUAGCGCGAGUGGAGACAUUUCAACCUGGGGAGUGAGGUUACGGUACGAUCUAACUCAAUUACGUAUAAAGUACAGCACAAACUGAUCUGGGAUCAGGCCAGUGCACCACCUCAUCCUACCUCUCAGAGGCCAUUACUACUCUUCUACUAACUGUGUUAUUCUGUCUCCAGUAUCUUCUAAAAGUGAAUGAAAUCGAAACGAAAAAGGGGGUCAACUUUCUCCAGAACCUCAUCAAAUAUUUCCACGCCCAGUGCAAGUAUGUCAUUUUCAUUUAUUUUGUGAUUUCAUAUGAUCAAUGUUUAAUUAUUGGCUUUGUCUUUUGUUGGAGGCCAAAUGCUUGACCCAUCUUGAAAAUUCCUGUUCUGUGUUUGUUUGUUUCCUCUCUCCUCACAGCUUCUUCCAGGAUGGGCUAAACGCAGUGAAUAGCCUCAGACCUUCCAUAGAGAAGCUGGCGACAGACUUGAUU